AUGGGCGGCCUGGACAGCUCGGCCUACCUGUCAAACGCCAUGGGAAGUCCGGCGGUCAUGGUCCUGAGCUCGACCUGCGGGGACGUCACGCCGCACGCCCAGAGUCACGUGACCUUCGCGACCCGACCGCAGCAGGGCAAGGAGGCCGGAUCCGGCGCCCUGUCCUUCCCCAGCCCACCCGGAUUCCCCGUGCGUCCCCUGUUCGGCCAGGGCGACCCCUACGCCUCCCUCUCCUCCCCCCUCCUCUCCCUGCACCACCCCCUGCUGGCCAGCCACGCGCUCGGCCGGAACUAUCUGGGCGCCUUCCGGCCGUUGGGGCUGAGUCCGGACGACCGGAACUUCCACGGCUCGGCCUUCGCCCCGGCCGCCAAAUGCCUGAAGCCGGACGGUCCGGACGGGGGGCUCAUGGGGACGCCCUGCUUCCAGAGCGGCGGCAGCGAGUCUUCGUCCGGAUUCCACCAGAGUCCGGCCAACUCGACCGGAUCCUCGGUGGCCGCCCAUGGCAUGGGGGGCUUCCUGGACGGCAAGGACGACCGGGCCGACAGCGACUCCAUGGUCGACGGGGCCGACAGGCUCUCGGAGACGCCGAACUUAUCCGAAGAAUCCCGAUCGAUAGAGAGAUCGACGCCCGAAGACAGAAGCACGCCGAAAAGGCACAAGAAGUACUUCCUGGACGGUCAGACCCCGUACUGUCCCAUGUGCGGGAAUCCGGUGCAAUUGUCCGACCUGUCCGCGCACUACGAAAUGGAAGUCGACAAGUUUCUGGAAACGAGCAAGUGUAUGAGCCAGCAUCUUGAAGUUGCUUCGCUUCAUUCGCACUUCUCAUCCCCUCUAUGUAUGAUUCGGAAAGACGACAAGGGGAAACCUGAAUCUAGGUGGGAGACAUAUCAACGGGUGAAAGGCAAUCGUACUAACAGACUAACGUCAGCCAGAUGCGUGCUGAAAAGGAAAAAAUGGGACGAACCCUCCGUUUGCGGAGACAGAGGCUCUGAUCACCUGUUGCCGCCUGGACUGAGGAAGCGGGAUAGCUCAGAGCUCGACGGGGAAACGGCAAUCGACAGUAGAACGACCGCCGAUUUCAAUUGGGCAGUGACAGCUCGACUUCACGCCAUCGCCACUUUACAGAGAUCGCUACCUGACUACGGGGGUCGAAAAUUCGAAGUUCCAGAAGACGAGAAUCAAGAACUCAAUGUAGAUGGAGACGAUAGCGCCACCUACGGACAACCACACUAUACGGAAGCUGACGUAAUCACGUGUUCCACGGAAGACAACGGUGACAAUAAGGACCAGAUAAGAAGGAUAGCAGCCAACGAGUCCAACUACCAGAGGUUACCGGAGUCUUCUCAAUGGACAGUAAACGGAGGCAAUAACAACGGAGAAGGUCAGGAAGUAACCAGCACUUGUGUCAGCAAUAAUGACACCAGUGAAUGUGUUUCUCCUUCUGACAAGUCCUCCAAGCCCAGCAAAGACGGCAAUGGUGAAAAUGCCAAAGAUAACGUUGAAGAUGGCGUUAAGUGUCUCAUUUGUAUGGAGCCUUUUAUCAAACCCGUUGUUUCAAUUUGCUGUUGGCACGUUCACUGCGAAGAGUGCUGGUUGAAAACGCUGGGCACGAAGAAGCUGUGUCCCCAGUGCAAUAUGAUCACUUCGGCAAGAGACUUGCGGAGGAUUUACUUGUGAUCGGCUGGAAAAGUCUGCGAAGUUGAAAUCGAAACUAGUCAAAUGUUUCUCUAGACUCCUGUAUAUCACGCGAACCUUCAAGAGAAAUAAUAACUUUAAAGAACCUCAAAUUAUUAAAUUCUGCUUUGAGAUUAAAGAAAAGCUAAUUGACGCGUAUUCUUGGUUGCUGGCAUAACCAGGAAUUACUAUUGGUUUACAAAAUCAAGCAUCUGUUGCAUCAUCAGCGAGAGCUCGUUGAAUUUGAAUAAGAAAUAUAAUUUCGCUAUCUCAUGGUUUUUAGUUUCAAUCCUUAAAGUUUUUGAACAUGAUAUCUGUUCAGUAAAUUACCGCCCAUU